AUGUUUUCCUCAAAUUCGACUGUACUUAUUGCUAUAUGGAAUAAUGCAUCUUCAAAAAUCAAUUGUUAUUUUUCUAUUUUUUUAUUUAUAUUUGGAAUUAUUGGUAACGUAUUAAAUGCACUUGUUUUAUCUCGAAGUUCACUUCAUUCCAAUUCAUGUGCAUGGCUAUUUCUGAUUUCAUCAAUAUUUAAUAUUAUUUCGAUUCUAUCUGGUCUUGCAACAAGAAUAUUAUCUGGCUGGAUGAUUCUUCUUACUGAUCGUAUUGAAUGGUUGUGUAAACUUCGAGUUUUUACACUAUUAACUUCUCGCACCAUAGCAUCAUGGCUCAUUGUUUUAGCUACGUUAGAUCGUUGGUUAUUAUCUUGCAAAGAAGUUCACUAUCGACGUAAAAGCAAAUUGAAAAAUGCCAAACGUGGAAUGUUAUUGAUUUUUGUUAUGUCAAGUCUUUUGUAUUCACCUAUUUUUCAUUGUUAUCAAGCAAAUCUAAAUAAUGCACCAUUGAAAUGUUAUAGCAAAACUAUCAAUUGUCGAAUAUUUGCUGAUCAAGUAUAUACAUUUAUCACAAUAUUAAUUCCAUUAACUUUAAUGAUGAUCUUCGGAUUUUUAACAUUAUCAAACAUACGCAAAAUGCAUCGACGCGCACAAAUGUUACUUUUACCAAGAUCAAGUCAAACAACAAUUAGUACUGAACAUCAACAUAGAUUAAGAUCAAUAGAUCGCCAUUUACUUAUAAUGCUUCUUACAUAG